AUGGCGUCCGCACAGCACGAUUCGUCCCAGAAAGGCAUCUUCUUGAGCCCUCUCCAAGUCCCAGAUGCUCCGGGAAGAGAGCGCUCUCUCUCCGCCUCAUCAGCUGGAGCUUCUUCCUCCUGGUCUGGUCCCACAGAUUUCAAUCACAGUCCAUCAUCACCGACAUCAUCUCUCUCGCCAGACAUGGCGUGGAAUCCAGAUCCCUCACGACUCAUGGUCCAGCAAGCCUCACAUCGACCCUCGUCGUCGAUCGACGGGGAGACCCUACGCCCACGCUCAGACUCGUUCGCCUCAUCAGCAGCCCUGACCUUACGUUCCAGAGCCAACUCUGUUGAUCCUUCUCAAGCUGCCAAAGAAUUUGAUGACGUACCUCUAUCAGAAGCCCUCAAGCCAGAUCCUCGUGAGGAGGCCGACUUUCAUGUUGAAAAUAACCGGUUCGCGUUCUCGCCCGGUCAACUAAAUAAGAUGCAAAAUCCCAAAUCCCUCGCUGCCUUUUAUGCCCUGGGUGGCUUGCAAGGACUGGAGCGGGGUCUGCGGACAGAUCUUACCGCGGGCCUUUCCGUUGAUGAAGGCUGUUUGGAAGGUACCGUUGACUUCCAACAAGUGACGCCCCCAUUAUACGAGAAACGGCCCUCCAUCAGCAAGCCGUCUCUGGAAGCCCAGCCCACGCCAGCAGUACCGGUGUCAGCUGGGGGUGGCUCCCCAUUCGAAGAUCGUGUCCGGGUGUUCAGCGAGAAUAGACUCCCCGCUCGAAAGUCCACGGGUUUCUUGAAGCUCCUCUGGAUGGCCUACAAUGAUAAGAUUAUUAUACUGUUGACCAUCGCCGCCAUCGUGUCCCUAUCCUUGGGCAUCUACGAGACGGUGAGUGGAGGGACGGGCGUGGAUUGGGUUGAGGGUGUGGCUAUUUGCGUGGCGAUUCUCAUCGUCACCGUCGUCACUGCUGUCAAUGACUGGCAGAAGGAAAGACAAUUUGCCAAGCUUAAUAAGAGGAAUAAUGAUCGUGAAGUGAAAGUCAUCCGCUCAGGCAAAUCCAUGAUGAUAUCCAUAUAUGAUAUCAAAGUCGGCGACAUCCUGCACCUCGAACCUGGCGAUUCCAUCCCUGCAGAUGGAGUCUUGAUUUCGGGUCACGGCGUAAAGUGCGACGAAUCAUCUGCCACCGGAGAGUCGGACCAGAUGAAGAAGACGGAUGGCCAUGAAGUCUGGCAGCAGAUCGUCGAAGGCUAUGCAACUAGAAAACUGGACCCAUUCUUGAUCUCCGGCAGUAAGGUCCUCGAAGGCGUGGGCACUUAUUUGGUGACCAGCGUUGGGCCGUACUCCUCGUAUGGCCGAAUUAUGAUGUCGCUGCAGACCUCUAAUGAUCCUACCCCUCUGCAAGUGAAGUUGGGUCGUCUUGCGAAUUGGAUUGGGUACUUGGGCUCAGCGGCUGCAAUCAUCCUGUUCUUUGUCCUAUUGUUCCGAUUCAUCGCCGAUCUGCCAAAUCACCCCAAUACUAGCCCCGCAGAGAAGGGCAAAGAAUUUGUCGACAUCUUGAUUGUUGCCGUGACUGUCAUUGUCGUCGCAAUUCCAGAGGGCUUGCCCCUGGCAGUGACACUGGCCCUGGCCUUCGCUACUACUCGCAUGGUCAAGGAAAACAAUCUUGUCCGAGUUCUUCGUGCCUGUGAAACCAUGGGAAAUGCCACAGUAAUAUGUUCCGAUAAAACCGGAACUUUGACACAAAACAAAAUGACCGUUGUCGCGGGUGCAUGGGGCUCGGAUCACAGCUUCGCCCAGUCAUCCGAGACUCAUGACGGGACACCCUCGAUGACCACUGCGGAGGCGUUCCGAAGAUGCUCGGCUCCAGUCCGAGACCUCAUUGUUAAAAACGUUGCUUUGAACUCAACCGCUUUCGAAGAAGAAAAGGACGGUCAACGGGGGUUCGUGGGAAGUAAGACGGAAGUUGCUCUUCUACAGAUGGCUCAGGAUCAUCUUGGCAUGGACCUUGCCGCUGAGCGUGGGUCCGCUGAUAUUGUUCAGAUCAUUCCAUUUGAUUCCGCUCGCAAAUGUAUGGGUGUUGUGUACCGCCAUGCAGGUGUUGGGUAUCGUCUACUCGUCAAGGGAGCGUCUGAAUUGAUGGUCGAUGUCUGCUCCAUGCAAAUCACUGAGAUUGACAUGUGCAAAGAGACAGUCCGCACGGAGUCACUAUCGGAGAAGGGAAAGCAGAAGAUCUUGGACACUAUUGAUCGAUAUGCUCGGGGUUCCCUUCGGACGAUUGGACUUGUUUACAAGGACUUCGAGACCUGGCCACCCAAGGACACCAAGAAGCACGACGAUGAUCCAACUUCCGCCAAGUUUGAAGAUUUCUUCAAGGGUAUGACCUGGGUUGGCGUUGUGGGAAUUCAAGACCCCCUUCGGCCCGAGGUACCCCCUGCAAUUGAGAAGUGCCGAUUGGCCGGAGUUCAAGUUAAGAUGGUGACUGGCGACAAUAUCGCAACCGCCACUGCCAUUGCCUCUUCUUGUGGUAUCAAGACCGAAGAUGGCCUGGUCAUGGAAGGACCCAAGUUCCGGCAGUUAUCCGAUGAGGAAAUGGACCGGGUCAUUCCUCGUCUUCAGGUCCUGGCACGCUCCUCGCCAGAGGACAAGCGUAUUCUGGUUGAACGACUGAAGCUUCUCGGUGAGACCGUUGCCGUGACUGGCGAUGGAACCAACGAUGGGCCUGCUCUGCGCACUGCCGACGUUGGCUUUUCCAUGGGUAUCGCUGGCACUGAGGUUGCCAAGGAAGCUAGUUCGAUCAUUCUAUUGGAUGAUAAUUUCAGAUCUAUUGUGACUGCAAUUUCCUGGGGGCGAGCCGUCAAUGAUGCUGUCGCCAAGUUCCUGCAGUUCCAGAUCACGGUCAACAUUACCGCUGUGAUUUUGACGUUCAUCUCAUCUGUCUACAGUAGUUCGAACAGCAGUGUUUUGAACGCCGUGCAGCUCCUUUGGGUGAACUUGAUUAUGGAUACAUUUGCUGCUCUUGCUCUAGCUACUGACGCCCCAACCGAAAAGAUUCUCGAUAGAAAGCCCGUGCCAAAGAGUGCCUCGCUUUUCACUCUGACCAUGUGGAAGAUGAUCCUCGGCCAAGCAAUCUACCAACUGGCCAUAACAUUCAUGCUCUACUUCGCCGGAGACAAGCUUCUCGGCGGCCACCUCGACGACACAAACCCAAUCCACCGAUCCAAGCAGCUUUCCACAGUGGUAUUCAACACGUUUGUGUGGAUGCAAAUCUUCAAUGAAUUCAACAACAGACGCCUCGAUAACAAAUUCAAUAUAUUCGAAGGCAUGCUCCGGAACUACUGGUUUCUCAGCAUCAACGCCAUCAUGGUCGGUGGCCAAGUCAUGAUCGUGUACGUGGGCGGCGAGGCCUUCGGCGUGACCCGGCUCAGCGGUGUCCUCUGGGCAGUUUGUUUGAUCUGCGCAUUGGGAUGUCUGCCAUGGGCAGUGGUUCUGCGCACGAUUCCCGAUCGCCACUUUGGUAUUGUGUUUAAUGCCGUCGUUCGUGGUAUGAGCGCUGUGUUGCGCCCGCUGGUGAAGGGCUUCAACGCCUUCGCCCGUGGCAUGAAGGCUUUCUUCCAGCCCCUGGUGCGGUUCACACGCCGACUCUUCUCCCGUCAAGACACCAAGACCUGUGACUCGACUGAAUCUCCACUUGAAAGUUCCUCGAGUGCCCCAGUCACAGAUGAGGAAGCUCCUGCUCCACCUAAACUUGCUCGUCAGGAAAGUCCUGAACGCCCUCGGACACCGUCGGCGAUUGCGGUCCCUCCAAUCCUCGUUACAAGCUCUCAUUGA